GCGCCUACACUGCACGCGCGCUCGCGAUCUAAAACGAUACAACGCGAUACGACGCGCGCUCCCGCCAAACUUAGUGACCGUUGACGAGUGCCAGUGAUGUGACCCUUGUUUGUGCAAAUUGCUUUACGUUACUAAGUUUUCUACAACAUCAUACGUGCCGUGGAUGCAAGAACAAAAGUGUUAUUGUAGAAUUCCAGAAUUCUUUUUAUGUAUGUCAUAAACAAAUAGUCGAAAAACAAAGGAUACUCGAGACGAGCGUUGCUUGCUUAGGUGCGAGUGACAGGUGGAACUUUGUGCACUCGCCUGUCCACAUAUCGAGCUCUCUUCAAACAUUGAGAUCUGGAUGCUGUGAAAGUGAAGAUGAUAUAGACCGAAGUAAAACAUGCGAGGCAGCGGCGCGUGCGGCGGGCGGCGCUAGUGUGCGCGGCGCGGCAGAGAUGCGCUCCAAGCAACAGCCGCGGCCCUCCUACCGCUGGCUCGGCACCAACGAAAACGAAGAACCACCGGCCACCAGCCCCGAUAGCGGCGUGAAGGAGCGCGGGGAGCGGCAAGAGGGGGGCGGUGCGUCCCGGGGCGCCUCCCCCGCUUCCCGCGCCUCCCCUGACACGCCUGCGACGCCUGCGACUCCCGCGACGCCCGCGCCUGAUGACAUCGAACACAGCAUCCCCGCUAGCCUCAUUCAGGACCCUAACGCUGACAGGGAGAGUCCAAGAUGUUUAUCGCGGGAGUCUUCAGGCGCUCCGCGGUGUCCCUCCAACGACUCAGUAUACUCGGGGCGCAGCGCCGCCGGGUUGGGCCUGCCCGCAGCUCUGACUGCCGCCCUGCCCGCUGCACUGCCCGCUGCGCUGCUGCCCCCGCACUCGGCCGCCGUCGCCGCCUAUCUGGGCGCAGCGGCCGCUGCGGCGCAGCAGCGCCUGCUCAUGUCCUGCCACGAGGACCUCGACUCGGACCGCGCCGACGCCGUGCUCGACUUUAGCACCAAGCGCGGUGAGUCUCCGCACGACGACGAUGACGAGGACGUCGUCAAUCUCAGCAAGACGCACGAAAAUGGACCCCUCGACCUCUCCGUCGGCACUAGAAAACGCGGGCCAGACGACUCGCCUUCCCCUGUCCCGACGAGAAAGAGCUCUAGGUCUGAAUUCAAACCCGUACCGUCGCCCUGGUCGACGCCGGUGGCGCCGCACUUGCCCUACUUUGCGGCAGCGGUGGCGGCCGCUAGCUUAUCGCCGAAGGGCGGCGUGCCCGCAGAGUGGAACGGAAAAUUAAAACACGGAACGCCGACACCUAGCGAUGCCACCAAAGCCUUAGAAAAGAUGAGCGAGCUGAGCAGACUAGGCGGCGAGGAACUAUUCAGAUCCGUCCAGAACGCGGCACUGGGCGCUGGAUUGACGCCGAACGCGGCCGCACGCCACUCCGCUUGGCAGUCGCACUGGCUCAAUAAGGGAGCCGAUCAGACCAAGGACGUUCUCAAAUGCGUCUGGUGCAAGAAAAGCUUUAACUCUCUUGCCGAUCUCACCGUUCACAUGAAGGAAGCGAAACACUGCGGCGUCAACGUGCCGGUGCCACCUGCGACCGGUGCGCCGCUACCGCCCUCGCUGCAGCCGCCCUCCAGCUCGCCCUCUACACCCUCGCACAACUCCUCCUCCUCAAGCGGCUCCUCGAAGCCGAAUCAUAACGAUCUUAACAUGCUCAUCAAGGAAAACAUGCCAAUACCCAGAAAAUUAGUACGCGGGCAGGACGUCUGGCUAGGGAAAGGCGCCGAGCAGACUAGACAAAUUUUGAAAUGCAUGUGGUGUGCCGAAAGUUUCCGAUCCCUCGCUGAAAUGACAAGUCACAUGCAGCGCACACAGCACUAUACGAAUAUCAUAUCUCAGGAACAAAUAAUCUCGUGGAAAUCGUCCGACGACGGCAAGGGCGGCAACGCCAGUGCGCCCGGCGCUACCAGCGCGGCGCCGCCCGCCACCGGCAACAGUAGCCAUGUCAGCGCCGUCUUGACGUGUAAGGUUUGCGACCAAGCAUUCAGUUCCCUUAAGGAACUUAGUAAUCAUAUGGUUAAGAAUUCACACUACAAAGAACACAUCAUGAGGUCCAUCACUGAAAGCGGCGGCCGAAGAAGACAAACACGAGAGAAGAGGAAGAAAUCAUUACCGGUAAGAAAACUUUUGGAACUCGAGAGAGCACAACACGAGUUUAAAAAUGGAGAAGGCAAUGGUGUUCCCAUGGGAAAGCCUAUUCGCGAUUUCGGCGCGGGUAGUCGGAUAACCUGCGAGAAAUGCGGGGAUAAAAUAGAAACUGCAGUGUUCGUCGAGCAUAUAAGGCAAUGUAUCGGAGCUCCCAUGUCCAACAACCAAAGGAAUUUUCUUAAAAGCGCACUUAUGUCGAACAACAUUAUCCCGCCCGACGUUCCCGGCCACGUGACACCGACCGGCCGCGACGGCCGCAAAAGCAUCAACGAGGAGUUACCGUCCCCCGGGUCCGCUCACCAUCGCUCCCCUUCCUCGGUGAACGAUUCCUCCCCAAGUUCCAAAGACCCGAACGCGAGUAACGAUAAAAGCUCUUCGCCUUCAGUUUUAAAUGCCAUCGAACAGUUGAUCGAAAAGAGUUUUGACACUCGUUCGCGGCAUUCCGUUCCCGGCAUGCCCGGCGCCGCCUCCCACGCGCCCAUCGGCUCCAGUAUUCUGAAGCGACUAGGCAUAGACGAGAGCGUAGACUAUACUAAGCCCCUAGUGGACCCGCAGACAAUGAGUAUGUUAAGAAGUUAUCACCACCAACAAGGCUACGGGCGGCGCGAACGCAGCGGCAGCGAGUCCAGCUCGAUGUCGGAGCGCGGGGGCAGCAGGGUCGAGUCCCUGACGCCCGAUAGGAAGUUAGAUGCAUAUCAUAUGACACCCCGAACGACACCCGAUACGCGCGGCUCCCAAACGCCGGCGUCAGAGGAUCGUCCAACCGAAGUCCGCAUAAAGAAGGAAGUUCCGGACGACGACGAACGUGAAAAUGGCGUCGAUCUCAGUCAAUCGGUUCGUGUCAAAACCGAGGUAGAGGAUGAGGAAGAUACCCCGAGGCCAGGCAGCUCGACGGAAGAGGACGUGAAGCCGACGAUCCCGAAACGCGAAAGCGAAGGUCCCAGCCCAGCAGCCAGCCCUCGCAGUCCCGCCAGCGAUCGCUCCGGCAACACGCCGGGCUCCGACCGCAAGCCGCCUUCAAGCUUGGGUGCACUAUCGUCGAUGUUUGAUAAUCUAGCAGGCGGCGGGUCAAGCGAGCCUAGCUCGUCCCGCCGUAGUGGCAGCCACCCCCUGGCAGCGCUGCAAAAGCUGUGCGACAAGACAGAGAGCAAUCCAUCGCGUGCACCCCCGCCGGCACCCUCGCCUGCUGGCCCGCCAAGUAUCCUCACCUUCAGCUGGGCGUGCAACGACGCCGUGGUUACAGAUUCCAUUAUGAAGUGCGCCCUGUGCGAUACACCCUUCAUUUCUAAGGGAGCGUAUCGGCACCAUCUGUCCAAAAUGCAUUUUGUGAAAGACGGCGCCCUACCGGAACCGGUGCCCGUGAAGGCUCCGCCUGCGGCCGGCUCGCCCGGCGCUCACAAGGGCGGCGGGUCCAGUGCCGCCUCGCCUCAGGACCCACGCAGUCCCUCGCAGCCCUUCGACGAAAGCCCUCACUCCAAGUUCUUGAAGUAUACGGAGCUCGCGAAGCAGCUCUCGAGCAAGUACGUGUAGGGCUGGCCGCGCGCCCACCUCGUGAUCGCACCAUAUCCGCUACCUUAAACCUUGCUAGGUGUAGGUCGCCGCGGCGACGCUAAGUAUUUCGAAACUCUUUGCCAAUUUAAUUAUUUUAGGUAAUCGUUAGAGUUCACCGCAUAGUUCGGUUAGUGUAAUUACGAUUAGCGACAUAAGUAUACGCCAAACGUCUUACGUUCGUCUAGAUAUAAGAAAAUAUUUUGAAAAGUUGCCUUUUGGUGAGCGGGGUGUUUCCGUGCGCACGCGCUCCGCGCCCCGCGCCGGCCGCUGCUUAUCUUCCACAUUACGUCGUAAUUCCAUUUCGAUAAUUGUAAAUAAAAGUCGCAUUAAGUCUUAAAGUUCGAUUCGAUCUCUUUGUAAAUCCUUUGUGCUGUCUCGCCGCGUGACGUGAGGGCGCUCACUUCUCGCUGUUGGAUGGUAAAUUGUUGCAAUAUAAUAUUUUUGUGUUACUUAAUUUGAUGUUUGUAAAUCGGAGUUAGGCUUAGCGUCCUCGGUUGGUUGUUUGUAUAUUUUGAAGGCGCGCGGCCGGCUGUAAUCUCGGAGAUCCAAUCUCAGUGGGCUGGGAGAGCCGCGCGCUGUCGCGGCUCAACAUUAACGCAAUAUAACAAUCUCCUUAGUGUAAAUUUCGCUCUAGACCCCCAUAUGUUCUCCCCGCGAGAUUGCUAUUUAUUAUUUAGUGGUAAGUACGAUACGUAAGUUUAGGCGACCUCUCUGUGAACACUUGUAUACCAUUGCCCCGGCGCCGGCGCUGUCCGGCCCUGUGUGCCGAGCUGUACUAAAUAAAGAAAUCGUGAUAGUAUGUUUUACAAUAUUGAUUUGUUUAAAAGGACGACUACAUUCGUAUACGGUUAGAGAUGUUCAAAUGUAACGAGAGAAUUCUUCCAAUUUGACAACAAGAUAUACGAGUUGUAUAUACGGUACUUGCGAGUGAAAAACUCUUUUAUAUUUAAUAAAAAUAUUGUAAACUGUCGAAAGUAAGUUGCAGAAGAUAUCAGUCGGUUCUUUGCGGUCGCCGACUCGUAACAUGACCGUCACGCACUGUUCAUGUAUUAUUUUAUUUUUGUUAAAAUUAUUUUACAACAAUUGUGUUUUGUUUACGAAUGUACUUUUAUAUAUGUUUUUGUACUAACUACUGUAAUGUGCAGUUGUGUUACGAUCGCGUCUCGCAACAGUGAUGUUCGGAAUCGAUUAAUUAUCAUUUUAAAGAUAAUUAAACAAAACAUACGACAAAUAUAAUGUAUACGCUAACUCUGAUGAGAGAUUUUUGCUCAUUCAUUAACGAAAAAAAAUCGUGUUGAAAUAUUGAUUUUACCAAAU